UUCACCACGGGCACCUGUAACGACGCGGCGGUGCAUAGCUGCGAGCUGUGCGGCAAGGGCUUUCGCUUGCAGCGGAUGCUCAACCGUCACAUCAAGUGUCACAGCCAGGUGAAGAGGCACUUGUGCACCUUCUGCGGAAAAGGCUUCAACGACACCUUCGACCUGAAAAGACACGUCCGGACCCACACCGGAAUUCGUCCUUACAAAUGUGAGGUUUGCAACAAAGCCUUCACCCAGCGCUGUUCCCUGGAAUCCCACCUGAAGAAGAUCCACGGCGUGCAGCAGCAAUACGCCUACAAACAGAGGCGGGACAAACUUUAUGUGUGCGAAGACUGCGGCUACACAGGCCCCACGCAGGAGGACCUGUACCUGCACGUUAGUAAUGUUCACCCCGGAAGCGCUUUCCUGAAAAAAACCUCCAAAAAACUCGCUGCGGUUUUGCAGAACAAACUGAGCCCUGUCCUGCAGAGGAACUCCAAAGGUGACGACAAAGACGAGUGACACGAUGGAUUACAGGAAUGAAGUUUACACGUAGGACUAGAUCUAUCUAUAUAUAUAUUAUUUUUUUAAAA